CACUCGACUUCCGGCACGUUUGUCCGUCCGCAUCAACCAUCCCUCCAACACCUUCUGGCCUGUGAUUGUCCAUCCCCGUGAGCCGCCCCACUAGUGACUUCGAAGGUCGGUUCCGUCUCCGAGUUCAUACUUCAGCCACACUGAAACUACUCUUAGAUUCCAAAGCCGAUCAAGCCUCAUUGCUUCCACCACCCCCGAGCACAGCUGAAAACAUCACGGGUCUUAAACUGGGAACGGAAAACCAGAAAGCCGCCCGGCAUUUUGUAGCCGCAGCUCAGCUCAGACCAGGCGCAAAGUGGGACGGCGGCGGAAUGAUACAUAAACCUUGGGUGAUUAGGAAACCGCGAAGCGAAACAGAUUCACGACCAUUAGAUGUUGUUAGCUUAAAAUUCCUGGAGUGUCCUUGACGAUUUCAGUUUGUUUUUUGUUUUAAUUGGUACUGCGGUUAUUUUUAUUGGGACUAUGUUCUUUGGCGGAUGUAUCAAGGGAAAGGGAAGAGGCAUUUCCAUGGUGACGAGUCGUUUGGCUCCUAAGGGUGACUAUAGCACAACAGAGUGCACGCUGGAUAAGUAGGAUUUCUAGUUUAAAACAGUGAGAGGGAGGGGGAGAUAAAUCAACUAACUUCGACGGGGGAAAGAAUGCGAAGAACAACAAAAAGAAAAAGUGAUAGAUUAAACAGGAAGCUGUCUGAGUAAGCAUGAAGUACAGUUUGGCCUGUUCGCUCUAGGUGAGAGCAGAUGCUUCAAAGCAAAAGAUCAAACGAUAUAGUAAUGUAAUAAAAAAGAAUACUUUUAACGAUAAAGAACUGGAGGGAAUGACUACAAAUUAAAAUCCGGGACAGUUUGGAGGAGGAGGAAAGCGUUGGAAAUAGUUUCGUACUUAAAUUCUGCUGCCGAAUGUGGUUUUGAGAGCCAAGGAUUCGCGCAUAUAAAAAUAUUCUUUUGAAAAUCCUUGCCCUGUAAAACUGGCCAGUAAUUUUAAGAAAAUGAAACAAAAGAUUCUUUGACAUGAAAAAAAGGAAAAGAGAAAAUUUAUGAAAUUAGAUGCAAAAUUGCAGGUUAAGCAAGAUCAAUCGUUAUCUCGGAAUGGAGGAUAAAAUACCUACCAGCAAAUGUAGGAUUAAGUCAACCACAAGUCUGAGUGUUGAAUCAGCAGAAAAGAAGAAAAUUAAGAAGAGAGAUAAGGAAAAGAAGAAACCCUGUAAGACAAGAAGAAAUUCUUCCAGUACUCCAUCGACUUCAGAUGAGACAGUUCUGGUUCAUAAACACAGGAAAAGCAGUAAACGGCAUACACAUUCUACAUCUCCAAAUAUUGAAACGCCGGUUACUCAAGGGGACACCAAGCAAAAUCCGAAAUCUAGGAAUCUCAGCAAUAAAACCGACAGAAGUCAGGAUUCAGAUGGUGAUUCUCUUUACUCUGUAGAUCAGCUGGCAACGUCAAUAAAUGAGACUUUGCGGUGGGAUGGAAUUCUUGAAGAUCCCGUAGCAGAAGAGGAGAGGAUCAGACUUUACAAGAUAAAUCGGCAGCUGAGGUACCUGGCUGCCCAGAAAAGUUCUCACAAGGAUAUUGAACUUUGCCAACAGAAGCUUUCUGCUAUUCAGUCUCAGAAGGAGAAUCCAUAUAUCAUCAGCAGUAAGACGUUACAGCAACUCGCCAUAAAGGAUCACUGCAACUCUUAUUUUGUGGGCCAACGAUUCUGAAGCCAAAUUACAUUUUUGCCCGAGCCAGAGUCCCAGUUCAUACUCCUGUAAGCACAAUGUUACUUGCAGUUAUAAAGCUCUGGAUACAGAUAUGAAAGUGGUUUAAAUUCCCUUUUUUAUAUGGUUUCUCAAAUGUUUUGACAGAAGAUCUUAGACUGAACAACUAGGACAAAGGAAGGCUGUUGCAUCUCAAACCUCUUCAGUUUGGAGUCAGAAUAUUGACAGAAAUUAUUAAGUGAACAUUGUCUAUCUGUUUAAGCACUGCAGAAUUCUGUAAAGACAACACAUUUUGAGCUCAGUGAAGAAAUUAGGGUUUUGAAUCCAAUUUGUGUUUCCUUUUUUCAGGGGGGAAAUAGCCAAAAUCGUUGCAUCUUAAUGGGCUAAUUGGAUUCCAGUUAUUAUUAGGUAAAAUCAGUAGGCAUUUAAACCUACAACUGCUCAGACUAAUGGUUUCUUCCCUCAUUCAAAUUGCUUGUUUAGGUGUUUGAACAAAUUCUGCCUGUGUAAGUUAUAACCUAGAAGACCAAAGUGUCAUUUUUUUUCAUUAUGAGGUUUGUUGUUCUGAUAAGAUGCUGCUAUUUUGAUUUUCAAGCAAGGUACAGUGAUUAGUAACACACUGUUCCACUCCUGCAAUCUCUCUUGAAUGGAGUGAGCAGCCUUAGAGGUGAGAAAUUACUGUUGAGCCAGUUCUGGCUUCUCCCACACAUCUUUGAAUAGCCAUUCCAGGUUUCAUGUUGGCAGUACUCUGAACUGGGUCACUAACCAUAUGCUGAGAUGAUGUGUUAUUUAUUUAAGUUGAUGAAAUUGUGACCAGUUGUAUUAAUAUACAUAAUGAAAUUUUAAAAAUUGAUAAAUUCACAAGUCACUGAUAUGUACUCAAAGAUGCAAAGGGAGAAUUUGUAAUGUUGCACUAACUGUCAGCAUGAUUAGUGCAUCAAAAACCUCAUUUUGGCUACCAGUGAUUUAAAGAACGGAUUGUAAAACAGAGCUAUUUUAAAAAGCCAUGGUUAGUUUUGAGCACAAAUUAUUGCAUAGUUUUGUUUCAGUGAGGCAAAUAUGUCUGCACUUUCAGCAGGAAUUGUUCAGUCCAUGAAGAUCUUGCCUGAUUGUACAUCUGACUUUUAGGUUCAGCCUCAGGUUUAUCUAUGUUAAAUAUCCAGCUUCAAAAUAUUUUCUAUACUUCCAACAUAUAUGAUAGGCUGCAGAGUUUUGAGAUAGAAAAUUGACACUGCUUUUAGUUGUAAAAAUGCUUAAGUAAAAUUAUUUACAUCAAAAAUAUAUUAUACCAAAGUAUACUAAAAUCAAUUGUCAAAACCAAUUUUGCUAUAUUUGUACAUUUAAAUUUAACACGUUUAAAAUUGUAUAUUCACAUUUUUGAUUACGCAAAUGCUUUCAAAAUACCUUUACAAGAAAUUGCUGUCAGCCUCAAAUAUUUUUUCUAAAUUAUUCUACAUACCAGCGUUCCUGAUUUUAAAUUUGCCCCAUGGUGCAUUUAGUCAAGGAUUUGAUAAGUCAGUUCACUGUUCAGUUGGUAUGGAUUAUCACAGGUUCUGUGCUAUGUUGCUCACACACAGAGCUGUCAUUGAUUCAAAGGGAUGCAGUGGACUACAUUUUAAAAUACAACUUUCAAGCCAUUUAUCUAAUCGAAAAAUUUUACAUUAAGCGAUCCAAUUUUCUGCCUGUGCAAUCAUGGAUGUCACUCCUUGUGACAAAAGAAAGCAAACCAUGCUUCUCAGGACCAAAGUAUACCAGCCUUCAAAGAGCACAUGAAAGGACAUUAUUUGUAUUCAUGAGACAUUAUAUCUAGAUAGAGCUACUAUGCUCAACGUGCUGUCCUGUUAAGCGUCCAACAUCUUUUCCACUCCAUCAUCAAGAUCACCUACUCCACCUCCAUAAUAUUGCCUUUCUCUGAGUUUCAAUUAAACAGUUACUGAAACCUUUAUUUUAUUACUUCCAGAUUCAAUUAUUAUAAUACUUUCAUAGCUGGCUUUUUAUCUUCCUCCCUGCAUAAACUUGAGAUGAUCCAAGUCUCUGUUGCUUGAAUUCCAAGCCUCACCAAAUCCUGCUUUGCCGUCAUCCUAAUACAUGUAAGUCUGCAUUGUCUGCGAUUUGCAUUAUGCUCAAAUCCUUCAGUGGAUUUUUAUCUCCCUUUCUCUAUAACCUUCCCCAAGACAUACUACCAUCCAUGAUUUUGCAUUCCUGUAACUCUGGUCUCCUGUGCACUGCAAUUCUAUUUGCCACACCAUUAACCAUAGUAUCUUCAGCUGUCUUAAAUUCUGGUAAUUUUCUGUCUCUUCACUUUUCCGUCCUUUAGGAUCAUCUUUAAGUCUUAGCUGGUCUGUGACAAUCACUUUUGAACAUUUUACCGCCAAUAAAAAAGGGUUUCUCAACAAAUGUUGUAGUGUCAUUGGAUGCUUGAGCAGGCUAGCAAGCCAGAGAGUCAGUGGUAGCUAACCGCAAUGAAACACUGGAUCAGCAAUCACCUUGAUUCAAAUGAGAUGAGUAAUAACUACCUUUUUUAUGUAGCUAGUAAGUUAUUUCAUUUUACUUGCUUCUGUUUAAUUCUCUUUAGAUUCUCUUGCACACCCACUAAUAACCAGCUUCCAAGAUGCAUUGGCAGAAACCCAGAAGCAAGUUACAUUACAGAUCGCCAUGGAUUAAGUGCAGAGUAGAGACACAAUCAAAAAACAAGAAGAGAAUGAGUGGCCCUAUUGAGCAGAGUAUAACAUGCAUACACUGCCUCAAUUAAACAGAAGACACCAAUAAUCACAUUAACGUGAAACCAAAUCAUAGGCAAUCCAGGGCAAAGAGCAAAAGCAUGGAUUACCUCAACUGAUAGCACUGUGUGCUCCAAUGUACUGUGAAUGAUUCUAAAGCGUAACCUAUAUUUCAACUACAGUUUAAACAAUUUUAAUUCUGUUCUUGACCAAGAGAGAAUACCAAAGCUUUGGGAAAAGUGCCAGUGAUGCCAACUGGUCUCAUUCACAGUACAAAGCAGAACUUCCCAAAUAUUUUCCCUGUGACCCCAUUUCAGGAUUGAAAUUUGUCAUGAGUAAUGAGGAAGAGAGAAUGCUUCACUACCCCAGUAGGAGUCCCAAUUCUCACUGAGGGAAGCCCUGUUAUAAAGCAUCUUAGUUAUUAAGGAAGGCUGAGAGAGUUAGGACUGUAAAAUUUAUGGUCAUGAAUUAAUUUGAAAUUUGAAAAAUAAAUGGAAGAAAUUAAUGGUGUUCUAGAUCAUAAUUUGGUCCUGCUAAAUGGGGUAGAAAGGAUUAGGAUUGCCUUAGAUUGCAUUUAGGUUGAGUCUCAGGAAAUUCUUUUCCCAGAGAACAGUGAAUCUGUGGGACAAGUUCUGAUCUCACGCAGUGCAUGCUAACUGGUCGAGUUCCAUCAAAAUGAGAACCAUACAACCUCUGAUUGCAGCAGAGACUAGUUGAGUUAUUCAGGCAUUUUUCUGCUCCCCAGCCCCACCAAAAACGGCCCAUUUCUUAAAUAUUGCUUUUUGUUUCAUCAGGAUGUUACACUUUAAGUGGGAUGUGAAUUUGUAUAGAUGUAGGGAUGUACAGUACGAGGUAUUGCUAUCAACAGAUCUGAGGUCUUUUUACCAGUCACUCACUCAUUAUUCAUACAUUCAUCAGUUUUGUAGGACCUUUAAUCACAGACCCCAGCACAGGUUAGUUUCUAUCCUCUAUAAAUUUAUAGUCAGUCAAUAUAAAUGUGGUCCCACAUUAGUUCAGAGAUGGGCAACAGUAAGACUCUGUAGUCUGGCAAACAAUGAGUGGAAGGUCACUCCACUGGUGACAAGUGGAGUUACUAACCAGCACCUGGACUCCAACUGGUAACCAUAAGUGUAAAAUUUCUCCCUCACAGAAAGAACUUUAUACAAUCUUUAAGCAUAUACGUGUUACAUUUAAUUUUUUUUAAACCAUUUAUGGGUUAAAAAAAAGACUCCGAAGGGUAUGAAGAUGGCACAAAUUCAUUGAUUUAAAAAAUAAACCUUUACUAUAAUAGAAUUCAAGUUUAAAAUCCAUCUUCUGAAUUUGAUACAUUUACAAAAAAAACCCACACGUGGUCUGACUGCUUUAGAACUUAAG